AUGGGACAACAACAACAACGACCAACAGUAUUACGACAACAAUUACCACAACUAGCAGAAAAACCACCACCAUUAUCAGGAUCAAAACCACAAGCAUUACAACAAAAAAUAUCGCAAGGAAAACAACAAGCACGAAAACCACCACAAAACGCAUCAAUACAACCCCCACCAGAAUCAGCAUCAGCCAUUGCGACUAUGAUCAGAGAGAGCAGCAGAAAAAAGAGACCGAGUACUGCGCCUUUGAAGGCAUCAUCAGUCAAAUGUGACACUCGAGAGUUGAUUCUGAAGUCAGAUCCUUUACCAAAUGAAACAAUCGUCGCGAUACAUCCAAAUAUAUUGAAUAUCACACAGGAAUCGUCAGAAGAUGAGCAACGCCAAGUUAAUGACGAUGUUGAAGUUACUGAAAACCUGCCGCCGCCGUCGUUCACACCGCCGCCUCGCUACAGUUUACUACCACCAUAUACUCCUUAA